GCGGCGGCGGCGGCUGCGGCUGCGGGGCCGGUGCGGGCGGAGGGGCGCAGCGGAGGGCGGCCCGCUCCCUCGCUCGCUAAGAUGGCGGCGGCGGCGGCGGCCGUGGCGAGGCUGGAGGGCCGGGAGUUCGAGUACCUCAUGAAGAAGCGCUCGGUGACCAUCGGCCGCAACUCGUCGCAGGGCUCGGUGGACGUGAGCAUGGGCCACUCCAGCUUCAUCUCCCGGCGCCACCUGGAGAUCUUCACCGCUGCUCCCCCGCCGCCGCCACCGGCCGGCGCGGACGGGCCGCCGCCUCCGCCUCAGGGGGACCCCGCAGCUGCCACCGGCGGCGGCGGAGGGGACUUCUACCUGCGCUGCCUCGGCAAGAACGGCGUCUUCGUGGACGGCGUGUUCCAGAGGAGGGGGGCGCCGCCGCUGCAGCUUCCCCGAGUCUGUACUUUCAGGUUUCCCAGCACAAACAUCAAGAUAACGUUCACAGCUCUGUCCAACGAAAAGAGAGAAAAACAGGAGGCCCCAGAGUCCCCAGUGAAACCUGUGCAACCCCAGAUCUCUCCCUUAACAAUAAACAUUCCAGACAACAUGGCUCACCUGAUCAGCCCUCUCCCUUCUCCCACAGGAACUAUCAGUGCUGCAAAUUCCUGCCCAUCUAGCCCCCGUGGUGCAGGCUCUUCAGGGUACAAAAUGAGUCGUGUAAUACCAUCUGACCUACAUCUAAUGGCUGAUAAUUCCCAGUCAGAAAAUGACAAGGAAGCAUCGGGUGGAGAUAGCCCAAAGGAUGACUCUAAGCCACCUUACUCCUAUGCACAGUUAAUAGUACAAGCAAUUACAAUGGCACCUGAUAAGCAGCUUACACUAAAUGGAAUUUAUACGCACAUAACUAAAAAUUAUCCAUACUACAGGACAGCAGACAAGGGCUGGCAGAAUUCAAUACGCCACAAUCUCUCUCUGAAUCGUUAUUUCAUCAAAGUACCACGUUCCCAGGAAGAACCAGGCAAAGGCUCAUUCUGGAGGAUAGACCCUGCCUCUGAAAGCAAAUUAAUAGAGCAGGCUUUUAGGAAAAGGCGGCCUAGGGGAGUACCUUGCUUUAGAACCCCUCUGGGACCACUCUCUUCUAGAAGUGCCCCAGCUUCUCCUAAUCACUCUGGAGUGUUGUCUGCACACUCCAGUGGAGUGCAGACCCCCGAGAGUUUGUCCAGGGAAGGAUCUCCAGUCCCAGUGGAACCUGAGCCCAGUGCUAUCCAGCCAAAACUAGCGGUAAUACAAGAAGCACGAUUUGCACAGAGUGCCCCAGGAUCACCUCUAUCUAGCCAACCAGUUUUAAUUACUGUACAACGGCAGCUACCACAAACUAUCAAACCCGUCACCUACACUGUUGCAACUCCUGUGACAACAUCGACCUCCCAGCAGCCUGUAGUUCAGACAGUGCACGUUGUCCACCAGAUACCAGCUGUAUCUGUCACAAAUGUGACUGGAUUAGCACCAGCAAACACUUACACUGUAGCUGGACAGGCAGUAGUCACGCAAGCUGCGAUGGUUACCCAGCCCAAGGUAGAACCUCAAGAGAAUGGAGACCACAAGGAAGUAAAAGUUAAAGUGGAACCUAUACCUGCUAUUAGUCAUGCUGCAAUAGGAGCUGCUAGUCGUAUCAUUCAAACAUCUCAGACCACCCCCUUACAGACAGUUACUAUAGUGCAACAGGCACCUCUAGGUCAACACCAGCUACCAAUAAAAACUGUAACACAGAAUGGAACGCACAUAGUACCCAUCACCACUGCCAUACAAGGACAGGGCAAUGCUGCUGCUGCAAGUCCUCUGCACAUGUUAGCAACCCAUGCAUCAGCCUCAGCAUCACUCCCCACAAAGCGUCAGAACGGGGAUCAGGCGGAACAGCAGGAACUCAAACGCAUCAAAACAGAAGAUGGAGAGAGCAUAGUCAUAGCUGUUAACGUGGACACCCCACCUGUGGCAGUGAGUGACAAAGGCAGCCAGAACUAGAAACUUUAGGGAUGUUUUCUUUUUUUUGUUGUUGUUUUUUUGUUUUGUUUUGUUUUAAAUAAACUCCACAGUGCCAAAAGGAGACACUUAAAAUGUAACACCUAAAAUGAUGGAACAUGUUCUCACGCAGUGGGGAAAGGGGCCCUGUGAUCAGACUUCAACUUUCAGCACUGAAAAAAAAAACAAAAAACAAACCAACACAGGUGGCCUUAAAACUUGGUAAUUUAAAGUCAAACUGCAAACUAUCUUGUUCCAGAGGCUGUGACCCCUGCUCCUCCCUGCCCCCUACUGAACUGUGUACACUGAGAAAUACAGUGUUGGGGAGGGCUGCAGCUUUAAAAAAAUCUUUAUCAGAUUAUUUUAAGGACUGAGUAUCUCAGUGUAAUGGCAGCAUGAUCAGCGCUUAGUGUGAACUGGUUUCAAACGAUUGUAUAUUCCUUAAAGGGAACAGAGGCAAGGAGCCAUUUCCUACAUCUUGGCAGCUAGCCUUUCAUAAUGACCUACCCGAUGCAGUUGUUGGUAGAUAUGCAGUAUUUUGUUGUUCACAUGUGGAAUUAGGAAUUUUUGAAGUGCAUUUUCAUUUCUUUGCAAAAUAAUGGGGUCUUUGACAUUUCAAAUCACUCCAUUUCUACUCCGGAAACUUUGGAAUCACACAAUACUUUUCAUGUGAAAUUUUGUUUGGUAAAAAACUGAAUGUAGGGUUUUUUUAACCAAUGGAAUGAUUUACUUUUGUCUGUCCUGUUAAAGUUCAGAUAAAGCUACUUUAUUACAUCUGCAAAUUUUCAUAUUUUAGCAGUUGCCUGAUAAAUUUAAUCAAAUUUUAUUACCAUGUGUAGUGAUCAAAUGCUUCUUUGGGCUUGCAUGUAACUGAUUAGAAAUUACAAUGUAAAUGAGCCGUUAACUGACUUAAAGAACUGCUAUGAAUUUGACCAGAGCUGCACUUAUCUGUUUCUCUUUCUGCUACCUUUUGCUGUUUGUUACUUUGUGUUGACUUUGACUGUCCCUGGCAUAUUUUUCCAGUCUAAAGUAAAACAAGAGUCUCGCUUAA